AUGCAACAAUGUCAUCAUCCUCCACCAGAUAUCGAAGCCAUUGCCAAGGAAGUUCAAGGUAUGAGAGGCCAGCAGACUAUAAAAGGUUCAGAAUUCUGGUCAGAGCUAACUUCUCCAGUGGCACUACAACAAAUUUCUCCACCGACAACCGCCACACCACCACCACCAAAUGCAGUCAACACCUCCACCAUAACCACCCUCCCAGCACUGACACAACCUGCAAAGCAUGGAGCACAACCAGGUUUGAAUUUGAAUUCAAAUUUGAAUGCAAGUCUAGUGGUCAAUGAUGUGCAGGGAGAAGCAGACAACAAUAUAAACCAAAAUGGAAAUAAUGCAGACUACUUUCCCACUCACAACCUGUGCUAUCAACAGAAUUCCCCAAAAAAUGCAAACCCUAUUACUCUAACAAACCUAACCCACCACAUUACUGAAAAAGCUCCAUCAACAACUGUGCCACCACGCAUUAACCAUCAGACAAAAACAUGGUGUGAAGUAGCCAAAGAAAGCAACAAUUUCACAAAGAUGACCUUCGAAUAUCUCCCACCACCUGCUGACUCACCAGACAUCAUUAUCCCACCUGUAGAAGUUGCUCAAGAAGGUCUCCAUUUCUGGGGCAAUGCACACCUUAUUGGGGUAUCACUACACAAAAGGAUCCCUUUUAAAGUGAUACAAUCAACUGCAGCUAAACUCUGGAGUAUUCAUGGACUCACAGAUACCAUCCUCAGUGAGAAAAACUCAUUUAUUUUCAGAUUUAACUCCAACUCAGAGGUUGAAAAAGUUCUUUCCAUGGGUCCUUGGUCUAUUGCUAGGCGUCCAUUCUCGCUAAUGAAAUGGAACCACCAAAGCUACCAUCAUCCACCUAACUCGGGCUGCAUCCCUGCAUGGGUGAAAUUCUACAACAUACCAAUGAGAUACUGGACAGCAAGAGGUUUCAGUUAUGUUGCAAGCUCAAUUGGGGAACCUCUUUACGCUGAUGAAGCAACUGAAAGAAGAACCAAACUCAAAUACGCAAGAUUAUGUGUUAACCUUGACCUCACCAAGCCAUUGAAGAAUGAUGUACAGCUGCUAAUGGAUGACAAUAGCUUGGUGCACAUCUCAAUGGAGUACCAGUGGCUACCCAAAUUCUGCAGCAGAUGUAACCAGCUGAAUCACUCAAAUACAAACUGCCCUCUAAACAUUAUUCUUCCUGCACCUCACAAGGAUAAGGGGAUUGCAACAUCAACACUUUCCACCAGCCCAAUUCAGAAAGAUCAUAGCCCUGCAACAAAUCCUCCACCAACAACUGAGUGGGUCACAGUCAGAAAGAAGAAGAAAAGCACAUCAGCGGCCAUAGUGAAUCAAACUUCACAACCCUCCACAUCCAUAAACAAUCACUUCCACACAUUACACCAGCUAAAUGAAGAUGCCAUUUCCCCUCAGCAUGAAGUCUCCCCCACCUCUCCCACCUCCACACACCAACCUUCUCCAACUUCCCCAACCUCUUCACACUCAGUUACUCAUAUUACAUCCUCACUACCUACAACACCACUCACUAAAACUAAGUCUAACCACUCUCCCUUAUGCAGUAGAAAACUCAACUUCUCACCACCCAACCAUCCUCCCAAAUUACCCUCACCCCCAUCUUACACUCACCUUCACCCUCAUAACCUUCUUGUAACUAAUCUGAAAUCCAACACAUCAACCUCACUCCCACAGCAAAAAAACCACUGCAAAUCUCAGAAUAAACAAAACAAAGAUGUCCCUUCCAACCUUUCAUCCCUUAGUGAAACAGAAAGCCCAAUCCCCCACCUGCACAAUAAGAAGGCAGCAAGAAGCUACAAGAAAGAGGCUAGGAAGAAGCUAUACUGCAGCACUGGAUUGAGCACUGGUUUGAUGUCACAGCCUCCUGCAAAAGGGAAUGGACAUCUUGGAGGAUACUUGGCACCAAAUUGGGACCUUACUCACAGCUACAACUUCUCAGACCUUGGGAGAAUUUGGGUGUUGUGGAAUCCCAACCAAAUUGAAUUAUCUGUUAUUGAUUCCAAUAGACAGGCAAUCCAUUGUAAAAUCACUGUCAUUGGUGAGAAUAUCUCCUUUUUCACUACCUUCAUUUAUGCCUUUAACUGUGUAAUUGAAAGACAGUUUCUCUCGAAGAAUUUAAUUCACCAUGCAGGCAUCUUCAGUUCUUCCCCUUGGCUUUUAAUGGGAGAUUUCAAUGUCAUCCCUAAUGUGGGUGAGACACAUGGAGGUUCAGUGAAGUGGAGCCUUGCAAUGAUUGAUUUCAAAGAAUGCUUGCAGCAUGCUGAACUUGAAGACCUCAAAUACAAGGGCAUUCUCUACUCUUGGUGUAACAGAAGCAAGGGAACUGCAUGUAUUGCCAAGAAGUUGGACAGAGCACUCAUCAACCAAAUGUGGACCACCUCUUUCCCUCUCUCUGAAUGCUCAUUCCUCACACCUGGUAUCUCAGACCACAGUCCAAUAUUGGUAAAAAUUGACUUCCAGAUUCCAAGGAGAUGCAUCCCAUUCAGAUUCUUUAAUGCCUGGGCCUCACACCCCAACUUUUCAACAUCAGUCCACACUAUAUGGAGCACAUAUAUUAAAGGGACAACAAUGUUUCAAGUGGUACAAAAACUAAAGCUACUAAAAUCAGUCCUUAGAGAAACCUGCAGGAAGGAUUUCUGUGGGAUUGAUUCAAAGCUCCAAGCAAUCAAACUGGAACUAGAGGCAUGUCAAAUGGAUCUUGAUUGCUCCCCCAGUGAUGUCCUCUUUAGAGAAAUGGAAGGGUCUCUCAUUUUUGAAUUUUUAAAGAUAUCAAAGCUCCAAGAGGACAUGCUCAGACAAAAGUCUAGAAUCACUUGGCUGAAGCUUGGUGACAGCAACUCAGCAUAUUUUCACAAGUCCCUAUCCUCUAGAAACAACAAGAAGAAGAUCAUUUCCAUCACAACAGAUUCAGGCCAAGUCAUUACCAACAAAGAAGAGAUCAUUACAGAAAUUCAAAUACUUGAUGAAAUCCCUUCCCCUUUGGAAAUACAAACAUGCAUGUUCAAGCUCAAUAGGGACAAAACCCCUAGCCCAGAUGGAUACAAUGCCGCUUUCUUCCAGAAGAGUUGGGGAAUUGUGGGGAGAUCAGUAACUAGAGCUAUCACUGAAUUCUUCACCAAUGGAAAGCUACUCUCAGAAGCAAACAAUACAUACAUCUCACUUGUCCCAAAAUAUCAAAAUCCAUCAUUUAUACAUGAUUACAGGCCAAUCUCCUGCUGUAAUACAAUGUAUAAAUGCAUUGCAAAGCUGCUUGCAACCAAGCUCCAAUCCACCUUACCACACAUCAUUGACAGCUCUCAAUCAGCUUUUAUCCAAGGAAGAAAGAUCACUGAUCCUAUCCUCUUGGCUCAUGAACUACUUAGGGGCUACCACAGGCAUAAUGGACCAGCCAAAUGUGCCAUUAAGGUGGACCUUAUGAAAGCAUUUGACUCUAUCAAAUGGGAUUUCAUUUUGAGUUGCCUAACACUGCACCACUUCCCAAGUAAAUUCAUCUCUCUCAUACAUGCCUGCAUUUCCUCACCCUCUUUCACUAUUGCAAUUAAUGGUGAAUUCAAGGGCUACUUCAAGGGCAGGAGAGGGUUAAGACAGGGAGACCCUAUUUCCCCCUUUCUUUUUGUUAUUGUGAUGAAUGCACUGUCCUCUAUCAUCAACAUCUUUGUGAGCAGGGUUGAGGCUUUCAGAUACCACUGGAGAUGUGGAGAACUAAAGAUUACUCACCUAUCAUAUGCUGAUGACCUGCUUCUCUUUUGCCAUGAUGACAUUACAUCAGUGUCAGUGAUCAAGUCAGCAAUGGACUACUUCAGUACAAUGUCUGGUCUUGACAUUAAUACAUCCAAAAGCAAAAUUUUCUUUUCUGGGGUGGACCUACUCACUCAGAACAACAUUAUUUCAUUGCUAGGAAUUGAAGCAAGCUCUCUCCCAGUCAAGUACUUAGGAGUACCUUUGAUUUCCACUUGCCUAAAGUCAUCCCACUGCAGCCUCUUAAUUGAGAAAAUCACCAAAAGGGUAUCACAUUGGUCCUCUAGGUCACUUUCUUAUGCAGGCAGAUUACAGCUCAUCAAGGCUGUCCUAGUCUCAACACAAAUAUAUUGGUCAAGCAUUUUCAUCCUCCCUAAAGCAGUGAUCAAUGAACUUAACAAGAUUUUAAGAUCAAUUCUUUGGUCUGGCCCUGAAAUGAGAUCAACUAGAGCUAAAGUGUCAUGGGGGAAGGUUUGUAGACCAAAAGAAGCUGGAGGGUUGGGGAUUCCAAACUUGGAAUUGGUAAACAAGGCUGGAAUUAUGAGGUUUAUUUGGGAUUUACAAACAGAUACUAAUGGCAGACUUUGGAUUCAAUGGUGUCACACUCAUCUCAUAAAGAGUAGGAAUCUAUGGGAGCUCAAUAUUCCUCACUCUUGCUCUUGGAGCUGGAGGAAGAUGCUGCAACUAAGACAUCCGGCUAGACUUCUCUUAAAGCACUCUAUUGGCAAUGGGACAGACACUUCCUUUUGGUUGGACAACUGGGCUCCAGGAGGACCACUUUGUUCCAGAUUUCCCACAACAAUUCUCACACAAGCAGGCUUAAGUCAUGAAACCACAAUGGACAACUUUAUUGUUGGUUCAACUUGGUCUUAUCCACCAGACAUCAUAACCUCCAUCCCUGAAUUGCUGCAACUCCAACCUCCACUCCCAGCUAGGAAAGACAAGAAGAGAUGGACAGCUUCCUCAACAGGUAUGUUCAGCCUAAGUCACACAACUGCCUUCCUUCAAGGGCAAUAUCCUCAAGUCCAUUGGCACAAUCUGGUAUGGUCCUCACCAAUCAUACCUAGAAUGAAGCUAAACCUAUGGCUGGCUGUGCAAUCAAGGUUGCCUACAUUGGAUAGGAGAUUAAUGAGAAAACACACCAACGCUUAUGCUCUUUGUCAAAAUCAGCUUGAAUCACAUGGACAUCUAUUCUUUAAAUGUUGUUUCACUUCUCCAAUUUGGCGAUUUAUCAAGGAGAAAAGUCAAUUCUAUACAACUAUAACAAAUUGGGAGGAAUUAAUUUUUUACAUCAGUGAAAGAUGGAAAGCAAAAUCGGUCCCAAACCUGCUUAGGAAGCGAGAAGAAUUCUUUCAGAAUGGAACCUAUCCCCCUCAUGUUGUCGUCCUCCGCCGCGUCCACCAGAUUGAAGAAAGCUCUGGCCCAGUCACCGGAAUCAUUGCCCUAGAGUCACUGGAGUGCUUUGGCAAAUAA